GGAACGCUAGCUUGCUGGCGGCGGAACCUUGAACCCGGACACUUUUGCAACGGACCACAUCUGAAUAGCGAAAUGGAAGUGAAAAAUGCUAAUGCUGCUAUGCUCAGUAACUAUGAGGUGUUCAAACUCCUUACAGACCUGAAGGAACAAAGGAAGGACAGCGGGAAGAACAAACACAGCACCGGGCAGCAGAACCUCAACACCAUCAUGUAUGAGACGCUGAAGUACCUGUCGAAGAUGCCCUGCAGCAGACAGAGUCCAGAGAUUGUCAAAGAGUUCCUCACCACCAUGAUGCCUCACAAGCUCACAAAGGCAGAAAAACUGCAGCUAUUGAACCACCGGCCACAGACAGCAGUGGAAAUUCAGCUAAUGGUGGAAGAAAGUGAAGAGCGGUUAUCAGAGGAGCAGAUUGAGGAGCUCAUUCAUACGGUCGCAGACGCACUACCCGGUGACCCGGAGCAGGAAAAUGCAGCUCCAGCAGAUGUAGAGAUGGAUGAACAACCCGGAGAACAGUCGUGACACAGGCCAGAAGUGACUCAUACUGAAGGUGGAGAACUGGAGUGAAGGCUCAUCUUUAUUACUGGUUGAUUUUACCUGCGCUCCCUGUUGCGUCACCAUUUGAACUGAACAACUCUUGGAGAGAUGGGACGCACAAUGGCAGCCUGACCGGGGCUUAAAGCAAGUUCAUUCAGAUUUUUGCAUUUCCGUGUACACAUACAACUUCAAACUUGUGCACGUUUGCAUAAGUACAGGUUGGACUCUGACUCACAAAUGUCUUGUUUUGCAUCCGACUGAUCUAAUCUGUAUUUCACAUCAGAUAAUGUUCAUGCAGAGACUUUGAUUUUUGGUUUCUGACUUAAUGUUAGUCGUCACUUUCUCCCAUGGUGCAUAGAAAUAAGGGUUUCUGCUGCUGUAUGAUUUCCCCAAGCUGUAAUAUUAGUCAGUCAUGCAAUUAAACCUACACUGGUACACAGCACUAACAUAAGUUCAGACAGUAUUAUUAAGAGAGGCUAUGUAAUAAAGAGUAUGGACCAAGA